AUGCACACGCAGGUCAUGUAUCCUGUCAUGAGUGUUGAUGAAAGUGAAAUCAUUCCUCGACGAGAAAACCGACUCGUGAUCUUAGUUGGGAUCCACCGAGUGUUUGGAAACCCGUGUAAUUCGGGCGAAAUGAGGGUCGUCGCACGAAAAAAAAACAGAGUCUGGACAGUUUUUGAUGUUUCGCAUUCACUUGUUGGCCGGACAGACGAUAAAGUCGUCUUUUCUUUCCAUUUUCAGCAUUGUUCGCUUUCAGCCGUCCUACGUUUGUCUGCCGAGGUACUACGGCGAAUUGUGCAACCUGUUCUGCGAUCCCGAAGCCGCCAACUACGUCUGCGACGAAGCAGGCAAGCGCCACUGUCGACCAGGUAA